AUGCAAUCCUCCCUCCUCGACCACUGGAAGUCCCUUCCGUUAGACAAGUAUGACGGAACCACCGACCCCGACGAGCACGUCGACAUUUUCCUCACCCAGGUCACUCUCAGCACCAUUGACGACGCUGCCCUAUGUCGCAUUUUUCUAACAUCUUUGAAGGGAAGAGCAUUGAGUUGGUUCACUCGUCUCCCGGCCAACUCGAUCGACUCUUUUAACACCCCAGCAUCCCAGUUCACCAUCCAGUUUGCCACCAGCCGGCCUCACCAACUAACCUCCCUCGCGCUGGUGAGCAUAAGACAAGAGAAGAAGGAAUCCCUUCGGACCUUCAUGAGCCGAUUCAACAAAGCGGCUCUUGAAAUCCGAGACCUGAAUCUGGCCGUCGCCCUUCAUCAUCUGACUACAGCUCUAAAGCCAGGACCGUUUGCUAACAAUAUCUGCAAGAAACCCCCGUCUGACAUGGACGAUUUGAGACGCCGCGCCGACAAAUAUAUGCAGAUGGAGGAACUUACGGAAUUCCGCAAUCAGGCCAGGGCGGAGGUAGCAGCCAAAGUCGAGAAGCCGGCCGAAAGCUCUUACCGAAGCCGCCCCAAGGACCUCGUCCCAAGAGACAAACCUAUUCGCGGACCGAGGUACUCUCAUUACACUCCGCUAAAUACCAGCCGAUCGGCUGUAUUGGACCAAGCACUUGCUUCGGAGGUCCUGGCAGUAGCAAAACGAGCCUCGACCCCUCCGCGUGCCGACACAAGCAAGUCCUGUAAAUAUCAUCGCAACCGGGGUCACUCGACUGAAGAAUGCGCAGCUCUAAAAGACAAGAUUGAGGACUUAAUCAAGCAAGGGCAGCUCCAACGUUUUGUCGACCGACCUCGUUCUCCCCGAUACGAUGAUCAUCGGCACCAUCGAGGUCAGCCUGACCAAGACCAAACCGACAGGCGUCCCUACCGGGAACGAAGCCGGUCGAGGGGCCGAAAGGAAGACGAGCCGACAACCCAACCCCGAAGGGUCAUCAAUAAUAUCACCGGCGGAUUCGCAGGCGGAGGUUCCACCUCCUCAGCACAGAAAAGACAUCUGCGAGCUGUCUGA